AUGGUUUCAAGACUUUUUGUUCGGCUUCAACAAAGUUUUCCUCUUCCACAGAAAGUUAACAAUUUCGCUAAUGGCACUCAAACUUUUUGUCUCAUUCCUAAAGCUAAGAAUGCGACGAUGAUUCUUCCAGCAUUUUUUUUUGUUGCUUGUGUUUUGCCAUCAAAACGAAAUGUACUUGUCAGCUUACGAUUUUUUAAAAAUCAAUGUUCUCAGAUUGAUUGA